CGCCCUUCCCGCGCGCCGAUUGGCUGGUGGCGCCGGCGCUCUGCGGCGCUGUGAUCCCGAGGCGCCGUGGCUGCCCGGCUGCCGGGAGCGGGGCGGGGGGGACCCCGGCGCCUCCUCGCCCGACCUGCCGCCUGCCUCGGGGCGCUCCUCCCGCGCGGGCCGGGCGGCGGGAGGAGGAGGAGCAGCAGCGGGGAAAACACGGGGGCCUUCUCCUCCUCCUCCGCGUGUGGCGGCGGGUUCAGCAUCUUCGAGGCUGAGAGGCCGGGAACAAAGGCUCGGCGCCAGCCCCGGCAACUCCACCUGCCCCCAGCGGAGAUGGCGUCCCUCGGCUUAGGGGGGCUUAACGUCUCCACUCGUAGGAAGAACGUGCCGGCUCGCAACGCCGCGGUGGAAAGGCGGAAUUUGAUCACGGUCUGCAGGUUUUCAGUCAAGACUCUGAUUGACCGUUCCUGUUUUGAGACUAUCGAUGAUACUUCCCCUGAAUUUAAUAAUUUUGCAGCCAUUCUGGAACAGAUUCUAAGUCAUCGACUGAAAGGUCAGAUCACCUGGUUCGGCUAUGAAAGUCCUCGUAGUUUCUGGGACUACAUUCGAGUAGCUUGUCGAAAAGUCUCUCACAAUUGCAUCUGCAGUAUUGAGAACAUGGAGAAUGUCGGUUCUUCUAGAGCUAAGGGUCGAGCCUGGAUCAGAGUAGCACUUAUGGAAAAGCAUUUGUCUGAAUACAUUUCCACAGCUCUGAGAGACUUCAAAACAACCAGGAGAUUUUAUGAGGAUGGAGCAAUUGUUCUUGGUGAAGAAGCAAAUAUGCUUGCUGGUAUGCUGUUGGGACUCAAUGCAAUUGAUUUUAGUUUUUGCCUGAAGGGUGAGGGACUGGAUGGCAGCUUUCCAGCUGUCAUAGAUUAUACACCAUAUUUGAAGUUCACCCAAAGUUCUGACAGCAUUAGCAGUGAUGAAGAAGAGCUAAGAACACUGGGCAGUAGUGGCAGUGAAGGCAGUACUCCAGAGAACAUUGGUCCUCCUUUCAUCACGGAUGAAAACAGUUGGUACAACAAAUGCAAAAGGGUAGAACAGAAGUACCGGCUUGCAUUGGAACAGAAGGGUUACCUUGAAGAAUUGGUACAACUCAGAGAAAACCAGCUAUCUGAAUCUGUCUCACAGAAUAAACUGCUGUUACAAAGAAUUGAAGAUAUGGACCUAGCCCAUAAAAUGGAGAAGGAACAGCUGGAAUAUAUAAUUGUGGAACUGCAAGACCAGUUGACUGUGCUAAAGAAUAAUGACUUGAGAUCAAGACAAGAAUUAACUACUCACCUCACCAAUCAGUGGCCUUCCCCAGGAGCUCUGGAUGUCAAUGCUGUUGCCUUGGACACUCUACUCUAUAGAAAGCACAAUCAACAAUGGGAUGAGAAAAGUUUUCAAAGUUUGGAUCAACUUUCUGCAGAAGUUAGUCUUUCUCAGUCCUCUCUGGACCCAGGUCACUCACAGGAUGGGAAGCAGGAUGGAAUGAACUUGUUAAAUGAAGGGAAGGAAGACACUCCAUCAUUGCUUGGUCUUUGUGGCUCUCUUACAUCAGUAGCAAGCUACAAAUCUCUCACAAGUCUGAAAUCGAGUGAAUAUCUUGCAAGUCCCACAACAGAGAUGACAAGUCCGGGCUUAACUCCAUCAUGAGAUACACACAAGAUGGAAGACCUUUCUGUUGUAUGCAUUUGGUUUAUGUUCUGUCAAAUGACUUGCAAUGAGGACUGCUGGUUCUGAGUUAACAUAUAAGUUGCUUUAUUAUUUCUCUCCAUGGUUAUCUAUUUAAUUCACAAAUUCUGUCAGUUUUCAUUCCCUUUUUUUCCCCCCCAGAGGACUUCUCAGAUUU